AUGCAUAUGAUAACAAGACAAAGGCUUGGUCGCCCGAGAGGACCAAAUGCUAACCGCCCUAGGGAAGUGGUUCAUGAUUCCGCUUCUCCGACAUCAGAAGUGAGAUAUCCUCGGCUACAAAGCGAGUCAGAUGCAAAUUGCGAACAUCAGCCGCAUGAAAAUGUGCCCAUUCAAGACAGCGCGUAUACGAUGCCGCAGUCGGCUGCAUAUGCAGCGCGGCUUAUGGCCAUGCUCACCUUGCGAUGGCAGAGUUUCUCUACAGAGCAGAUUGCUGUAGCAAUGGUUCUGGCGCACACGGCUCAAUUUGAUAGACGACUCCAGAGAUUAGCCUUUACCACAGAAAUCAAUUCAAGGGACAAGCUACACCGUGCAACUGGUCACUAUGCUUCCAAGUGUCACCAAGUAGCUGGCAAGGGUAGCGGCGGUGCUAGCAGCAGCAGAGAUUUUAACAAUGCAGUUACGUCAAAUACGGUUCAGCGACGGGUUGAUGUUUGUCAGAUAGGUAACCCUAGUGGAAAACUGGUCUGCAAUGAUCAGAUAGCUAGAUUAGGAGGUGCUCGGUGGUACUCCAGUUUUGAUAUGUUGAGCGAUUAUCACCAGAUCCCUGAGGAAGCCAAUUCUAUUGAGAAAACGGCCUUCGUUACUCCUGAAGGUCAAUGGGAAUAUUUGACCAUGCCAUUUGGGUUAAAGAAUGCUAGUUCGGUCUACCAGCGAGCUAUUGUAAAAGCCCUCAGAGAUAUGGCAUUUAGCUUCGUUUUAUGA